GCUUCCGGAGGACGGGAUCGUAGAGGUGCGUGCGCAGUCUAUUUACACUUUACCUUGUAUCUCUGCUGUUGGUUUGCAUGUUGCUCUUCUAAGAUAAGGUUUGGAUACUGCAGCAGUGUCUACUCUGCAACGAUGAUGUCCACGCAAACCCUGACCCGCCAUCCAGAAGGGAACCGACGGCUGCACUGUCCUCUCUACGGGUGCAAACGCGUUUUCACGGACACGGUGGCCCUCGAAAGUCAUAUCAAAGACCAUGAGAUUCCUGCUGAGUCUAUCCCAGGUAAAACCCUGCUCUGUUCCUCGAUCGGCUGCAGUGACUCUUUUCCUGACAUGCAACAACUGAUGCAGCACAUGAGGCACCAUCACAAACCAAAUAUCUUCUUCCUGUGUGAGAGCUGCCGUGCCAAACUGCGCUCGCACCGCGGUCUGCUCAUGCACCUGCACACCUGCUCCAAGGUGUCUCGGGCCAAGCUGAAGACGGAGCAGACGCAGGGCCCCCCGGCCCCCGAGGGCCCAACAGGGUACCACGCUGCCGCCGGGGAGGACUGGAGCCAGGAGCAGGGGACCCCCCAGGGAGAGUCAGCGACCGGCCACACGCAGGCCCCCUCUCACAGCCAGCAGGCCAGCGCCCCCCCCUCACACCAGAGCCCUCUCAAGGACUCUCAGGAGACACCUUCCUACCAGCAGCUCCAGAACUUCAGCCGGCCGUCUUUGACUUGUAAUGAUGGCGACAUGCUGACCUCUGACCCGCUUCAGUUUGAUGGCCAGACUGAGAACCAGGGCCAGUUCCAAGCCCGAGCACAGGGCCAGCUCCAAUCUCAGUACCAGGGCCAGUUCCAAGCCCAGGGCCAGUUCCAAGCCCAAGCACAGGGCCAGGGUCAGUUCCAAUCUCAGCACCAGGGCCAGUUCCAAGCACCACUGGAGCACCAGCCUCAAUACCAAGCCCACCCCCAGCACCAGUUCCAAGCCCCGUCACAGCAUCAGGUCCAGUUCCAAGCCCAGCCGCAGCACCAGGGCCAGGUUGAAGCCCAGCACCAGGUCCAAGCCCCGCCUCAGCCCCCCACGUCCUCUGCAGCAGUUUGGAAGAAGAAUCAAGGAUCGCCUGGCAAUAGCCGCAUCCUGUGGGAGCACACCAGAGGGCGCUACCGCUGCGUGCAGUGCAGCCUCGUCUUACCCAACCGGAAAGCGAUGACCGCACACAUCCACACGGAGCACAAGACCCCCGCGGAGACCUAGACCCUUAGUCAUGUGACUGCUGAAGGAACGCGGGUCUCAUUAGCACUACCCCCCUCUAUGCUGAUCUUGUCCGGAGAAAUGAUGGAACAAGGCUUUUUUUUUUUAUAUAUAUAUUUAUGUAAAUACGUAUAGCAUUAUAAUUUGUCAAAUGACAAGGAUCCUGAAGCAAGUCCCGCCUUGUGUGGUGUAGUAUAAUCCGAUAAAGGGUGCUUUUGGGGUAGAUAGAUGAUUUCAGUGUGAUGUGUGUUAGAUGUCAGCUUUCAGUCAAAUACUCUGAGAAGAUCUGCUCUGUUGAAGCCAAGGGCCACAAGUUUCUUUAACCUCCGAUUUUCUUGGUACCGUAUAGCAAUGAGGCAGUUUCUGAUUCACAUCAGAAUGCUUCCACAUUGAAUGUCAUCGAACACUGGAAAAAAAUUACUAAUAAAACGGAAGACAUUUUUAAAAAAGCAUAAUUUUGUAUUUUUAUUUUGCUCAUUCUGAAUAAGUUCAUACAAGCAUUCAACUACUGUGAGAAGGCCAGGAGAUAUGGUCAUCCAUCCUCCUCUCCUGUGAGGAGCCCCCUUUAUUUGAACAUCCACAGAACCUUUAGCAUUAACUUCACAGCCAGGGGCCAAACAGUGGUGUUUCAGGGAUGACAAAAGUGUGUACAUGACCACAGGAGGUCUCCGCGUACCUAUCCAAUGUUACACACUAACACAUGCAGAAUUAGACAUUGCUUUAUGCAAACCAAAGCAGAAGAACCAUCACAUCUCGGUGGAAGGUCACGUUAAACAUCGUAAAGGGAAGACCGAUCACCAAUCAUUGGGGAGGAGACACGUAUUGACCAGUCAGUGAGAGCACACGCUGUAGGAGAAACGCCUGGCAGCUUUUAACAUUUAGUGCCGUUUAGGUUUUAAAUUAGGUUAUUCGCUAUGAAAAUAAUAGAAAGAU